GCUCUGGAUGACCUCCAGUGAUCGACCUCUGACCUCCGGAUGCUUUCUGAAGCAGGAGAGCUCCAGUCCGUGCUCUAUGGUGGACUCGCUGACCCAUCACAGUCCCAGUGGGUCCUCGGACUCCAGUGGCAGCUUUGGCCUGUCUCUGAGUGGUCUGGAUUCCUCUCCAGGGUGUGGAAGGAUGGGGACCCCCACCAAGUGCGAGUACCCACUGACAGCGGGCCCCAAGCGCCUCUGCCUGGUGUGUGGUGAUGUGGCGUCCGGCUACCAUUACGGCGUGGCAUCGUGCGAAGCCUGCAAAGCGUUCUUCAAACGAACCAUCCAAGGGAACAUCGAGUACAGCUGUCCGGCCUCCAAGCAGUGUGAGAUCACCAAGCGGAGGAGGAAGUCAUGCCAGUCCUGCCGCUUCGCCAAGUGUCUGAAGGUCGGGAUGCUGAGGGAAGGAGUAAGACUGGACCGUGUACGAGGAGGCCGGCAGAAAUACAAGAGGCACCAGGACCCGGAGGACAUUGACUUCCCCAGACCACUAAUACCAUCUGCCCAGAAGAAACUGUACAUGAGGACGAGGAUGGUCUCCCACCUUCUGCUGGCCGAGCCGGAGAAGAUCUUCUCCAUGACGGAUCCCAACAUUCCCGACACCGAGACCAACGUGCUGAGCGCCCUCUGUGACCUCACCGACCGCGAGCUCGUCAUGACCAUCGGAUGG